AUGUACUGCCAGAAGUGUCGGACGCCGUUGAAUACGGACGGCUCGCUGGGCUCGCUCAACCCUGCUGCAUUCGAGCUCCUUAUCAGUAAGUACACCAACCACUCGACGAGCAAAACAGCCUCCGACCAGGGAGCUACGCCAUCCACGAACCGACCGGCCAACCCCUCAGACCGACGUGACAACUACGAUCGUACAGCUAAACAUGCCCCGUCACCCUUCUACAGGCGGUCACUUCAAGGCCCGCGGUCCAGCAACCAGCUACACCAGCCGGGACUCCCACGCGGCGAUAGUGGUGGCAUGUCAUUUGUGAUGCUGACCGAGUCACAAUUUGGGCCCCCAACAAUCGACUCGUCCGUGCCGUCUCAUCCCAAGCGGAAAGGAUCACAAAGCCAUGAGCACCGCCAGGAGGAGGGAUCGCUCUCUAGCCAGGUCGAGAAAGCGACCCGUCUCUUUGAGAUAGUAUCUGCGCGGUCGGAUAUCGAUCAUCCGAUCUGUCUGGAAUGCACAGACAUGCUGGUGGAAAUGUUGCAAAAGCGACUGACAAACUCCACCAAAGAGCGUGAUGCGUAUAUUGGCUUUGUCCGCACUUUGAACGCGUCACUUCCGUCCCAAGAGGAUAUCGAAAAGGCCGAACAGUCUCUCCAAGAAAGCCUGCAGGCGGAAGAGCGGGCGUAUUCUCAACUACUAGCGCUGGAGCAAGAGAAGGCAACCCUAGACGAAGAACUCGCCAGCCUCGAGGAAGAGGCCCGACAGGUCGACGCGGACGAGCAGUCCUUCUGGCGGGACCGGAAUGCCUUUUCUCUGACACUGGGGGAGUUUCAAACCGAACGGGAUGCGCUGAACAUGCGCUACGACCACGACUCACAGCAACUGGAACGGCUACAACGGACAAAUGUCUACAAUGACGCGUUUUGCAUUGGUCACGAUGGAUAUUUCGGUACUAUCAAUGCAUUGCGCCUGGGUCGGCUGGCCAACCCCUCGGUUGAAUGGCCCGAGAUCAAUGCCGCCUGGGGUCAGACUUGUCUACUGCUUUCGACCAUUGCUGAUCGUCUCAAUUUCCAGUUCCGAGGUUAUCGUCUGCGGCCGAUGGGGUCGAACUCGAAGAUCGACAAGAUUGAGGAAUCCGGACCGCCAGCCAGCGACGCUGCGGUGCCCGGACGUGGCGCAUCCAAGGCCACCCAACUGGAGCUCUUCUCGUCGGGUGAUCUCCCGCUCAAUCUUCCCUGGAUGCAUCGCCGCUUUGACAAUGGCAUGGUGGCGUUCCUCGAGUGUCUGCGGCAAUUAGGGCAGUUCGUCGAGACGACCCCGGUCCCGGUGGCAUCGCCGCGGCGCGGCCAGACCGGCGCCACUGCCCCGGGGUUAAGACUGCCGUAUGAAAUCAAGCGAGACCGGAUCGGCGACGCCAGCAUCAAGCUGGGCUUUAAUCAAAACGACGAGACGUGGACGCGCGCGUGCAAAUACACGCUGACCUGCUGCAAGUUCCUCCUUGCGCAUGCGAGCAACGUCGCCAGUGCCAGCUCCAACUCGGCCGCCGUUGCGGCUGCGGCCGUGGCAGCUGCGGACCCUGGUCGACCUGCGACAGGCAGUGCGGCCAAAUCGUGA